UCGCUAUUUGUUCAGGUUGUGCUCGAUUAAAGACUAUAAAAAGGCCUGGGUGUGAACAAGCGAACCACAUAUUGUAAUUGAUUAGUAAUCGAGCUACAUUCACCCAAAUUAAUAUUUGGAGGAAAAUUAAUUUUGAAUUCAUUCGAUAAGUUACCGUGUAAUCCGACGAAAUGAAUGUGAUAUGUAUUGUGACUCUAGUGAUUUUUUUGGCCGGAGUUGAGCUCAGUUAUGGUCAACUGCUAGAUUGCCUGAAUCCCUUAGACACUCAUGAAAUGACUAAUUGUGCGGAACCCAAUGGAGCAAACGGCAAACCUAUCAGAGCCUGGAUGGGACCGUGUUUCGAUACACCGACUUGCAAAAUUCCCAAAUGCUGCGGAAUAAUUACUGGCCGAGAUAGUCUUUUCAGAAUCGAAUAUAUAGCGGAUAUUGAUCUUAAUAACGGCACCUUUGACGGUAAUUUAGGUGCUAUAGGAAUCGGUAAGGCGGUUAGAGGUUGCGACAAAGAACUGUUGGCCAUUGAACUUCCAUUGUUCCAAAUAACUGUACCACCCUCACUUGCGGGUUAUUCGAGAACACUUUGUGAGCAAACUCAGUGUCCUCAAAAGUGCGGUCGUCGUUAUGUCAUGGACAUUCCAUUCCGAUUUGUAACAACAGUAUUGACAACAUUAGGUUUGAAAGCAACUUUUGUAGCUCAAGUCUACAAUGAAAGGGGAGAACAGGCUCUUUGCUGGGGUCUAUGGGCGGAACUUGUCAAUGCGGAUUUAGUGGAGAGCUUAACGAAAACUGUGACCAAAAUCACGUCAAAUCCACUCGGUGCACUACUGAACCCAUUCGAUACCCUUCAAGCUCCUUUGGUUGGACUCAUUGGUCAGAAUGAAAAGCCAUUCCAAUAUCCUAAGCCAUGUCCUCGUCAACCAAUAUGCAGAGGGUAACUCUGGUGCAUCACUGCAUAUCGUUUUCAAUUUCAAAUUUCUAUCUACUUGAUGAUGUCACGCACAUUGACUUGUAUUUAUUGGUUGGAAUAAAAUGUACAUUUGUCGUUUGGAUCCAUG